CUCUUUUCCUAUUCAUAACUUUUUUCAGAUAAACAUUUAAAAUGGCAACUUUGGAAGACAAAUCACUUUGGGAAAACCAAGAACAAGACGACGACAUUGGGCAAGAAAUUCUUCGCCUUAGUCCUGAAGAAAUCAAUAACAGAACAAGACUUUUGGAAAAUGACAUUAAGGUUAUGAAAUCUGAAGUUGUUCGUCUUCAACAUGAACAAGCUGCUAUGAAAGAGCGCAUUAAAGAUAAUAAAGAAAAGAUAAAGUUAAAUAAGCAACUUCCAUAUCUCGUCGGUAACGUUGUUGAGUUGCUCGAUGUUGAUCCAGAUGAAAAUGAAGACGAAGGCGCUAAUGUCGAUUUAACCAGUCAGAGAAAGGGAAAAUGUGCAGUUAUUAAAACUUCAACUAGACAGACCAUAUUUUUACCCUUAAUCGGUCUUGUCGAUGCUGACGAGUUGAAGCCGGGCGAUCUUAUCGGUGUCAAUAAAGACAGUUUCUUAAUUUUGGAUAAAUUACCAGCAGAAUAUGACUCUAGAGUCAAAGCUAUGGAAGUUGAUGAAAAGCCAACUGAAGAUUAUAAUGAUAUUGGUGGUUUGGAUAAACAGAUCGAAGAACUGGUGGAAGCUAUUGUAUUGCCCAUGACACAUGCUGAAAGAUUUAAAAACCUUGGUAUUAAACCACCAAAAGGUGUUUUGAUGUACGGACCUCCUGGUACUGGUAAGACUCUAUUAGCCAGAGCUUGCGCUGCGCAAACAAAUUCCGCAUAUUUGAAAUUAGCUGGUCCUCAGCUCGUCCAGAUGUUCAUCGGCGAUGGUGCAAAAUUAGUAAGGGAUGCAUUUGAAUUGGCAAAAGAAAAGUCACCAGCUAUCAUCUUCAUUGAUGAAUUGGAUGCUAUUGGUACAAAGCGUUUCGAUUCUGAAAAAUCGGGUGAUCGUGAAGUACAGCGUACUAUGUUGGAAUUAUUGAACCAGUUAGAUGGUUUCUCUUCCGAUGAUCGUAUCAAAGUUAUUGCUGCAACAAAUCGUAUUGAUAUUUUGGAUCCUGCUUUACUGAGAUCUGGUCGUUUAGAUCGUAAAAUUGAAUUCCCUCUACCUAAUGAAGAAGCUAGAGCUCGUAUUAUACAAAUUCAUUCAAGAAAAAUGAAUGUCAGUAAAGAUGUCAAUUUUGAAGAAUUAGCUAGAUGCUGUGACGAAUUCAAUGGUGCUCAAUGUAAAGCUGUCUGUGUUGAGAGUGGUAUGCUAGCCUUAAGAAGAGGAGCUGUUGAAAUUACACACGAAGACUUCAUGGAAGCUAUCCAAGAAGUACAGGCAAAGAAGAAGAUGACAUUGCAAUACUACGCUUAAAUAUUAUUCACUACAAUAAAUACCUUUGUAAAAAAUCAGAUAUAAUGUAAUACGAUCAGUUGCAUACGUUCUUUGUAAAUGUGGAGACUCCCAAAUCAAAUUCUUUGAUCAUUGAACAGCAGACUAUCUGAAGACAAAUAUAUUAUUUGGAAGUCAGUAUAUCCAAAAGGAUCCCCUAACGAAACUAUAUUGGCCUUAGUACUCUUUUUGAGACCAUAAAUAUGUCAAGAUCUCCCUGUUCUAAUUGUGUAACCAGCUUGCCACUUUGUUUGCAUAACCCUCUGUUAAUACUAUAUUUUUAUUAGGCUAUAAUUUUCGUUUCUACUAACUGUAACCAAUGAUAGCUUCUUAUUGGUUUUAGUGUCCAAUCUUUAGAUGCCCUGAAUUUUGAAUU